GGACCGGCAGCGGCGGCGGAGGAGGUGCGGGACUCUGUCGCAAGCCCCGACGUAGGAGCUCGGGGGGACGCUCCGGCCCUGGCCCGGGACAAAGACAGAGACGCCAGAGUGGGCAGCGGCCCCUUGGAGCUGAGGUGCCAUCGCCUACAGGAUUCUUUGUUCAGCUCUAACAGUGGCUUCAGCAACUACCGUGGCAUCCUGAAUUGGUGUGUGGUGAUGCUGAUCCUGAGCAAUGCUCGAUUAUUUUUGGAGAACCUCAUCAAAUAUGGUAUCCUGGUGGACCCCAUCCAGGUGGUGUCUCUGUUCCUGAAGGAUCCCUACAGCUGGCCUGCCCCAUGUCUGGUUAUUGUGGCCAAUGGCUUUGUUGUGGCUGCAUUCCAGGUUGAGAAGCGCCUUGCAGUGGGCACCCUGACAGAGCAGGUGGGGCUGCUGCUGCACAUGGCCAACCUUGUCACCAUUCUCUGCUUCCCAGCAGCUGUGGCCUUACUGGUCAAGUCCAUCACUCCAGUGGGUUCCGUGCUGGCUCUGAUAUCGUACACCAUCCUCUUCCUCAAGCUCUUCUCCUACCGGGAUGUCAACCUGUGGUGCCGACAGCACAGGGCUAAGGCCAAGAAUGCCUCUGUAGGGAAGAAAGCCAGUGGGGACAGUGCCCAGGGAACCGUGAGUUACCCGGACAACCUGACCUACCGUGAUCUCUACUACUUCAUUUUUGCCCCUACUUUGUGUUACGAACUCAACUUUCCCCGCUCCCCGCGAAUCCGAAAACGCUUUCUGCUACGGCGACUCCUUGAGAUGCUGUUCUUCACCCAGCUCCAGGUGGGCCUGAUCCAGCAGUGGAUGGUCCCCACUAUCCAGAACUCAAUGAAGCCCUUCAAGGAUAUGGACUACUCACGCAUCAUUGAACGUCUCCUGAAGCUGGCGGUCCCCAACCAUCUCAUCUGGCUCAUCUUCUUCUACUGGCUUUUCCACUCCUGCAUGAAUGCUGUGGCGGAGCUCAUGCAGUUUGGAGACCGAGAGUUCUACCGGGACUGGUGGAAUGCCGAGUCUGUCAGCUACUUCUGGCAAAACUGGAACAUCCCAGUGCACAAGUGGUGCCUUAGACAUUUCUACAAGCCCCUGGUUCGACGGGGUAGCAGCAAAUGGAUGGCAAGGACAGGCGUGUUCCUAGCUUCAGCCUUUUUCCAUGAGUACAUGUUGAGCAUCCCCCUGCGAAUGUUCCGCCUCUGGGCCUUCACAGCCAUGAUGGCUCAGGUUCCACUGGCAUGGAUUGUGAGCCGCUUCUUCCAUGGCAACUAUGGCAAUGCAGCUGUGUGGCUGACACUCAUCAUUGGGCAGCCAAUGGCUGUGCUCAUGUAUGUCCAUGACUACUACGUGCUCAACUAUGAGCCCUCGUAACGGGCCUGAGCUGCUCCCGAGUACAGCUUCUCCUCACUGUCCACAGCCAAAGCCAGUCAUCUCCUGCCUAAGCCUGGAGUCUUUCAGGUGGCCUGACUGCCUGCACCCUUCUCCUGUCCUGGGAGGCCUCUUUGCCCCUAUGGGGCUCCCUCCUGUUCCCAUGAGAUGUCAACAGCAGGAUCCAACUGGAGGAGACACUGUGGAAUUUGCUGACCAGGGAUUAAGGGUGUCAAUAAAGUACUGUCUGAAGUGA